AUGCAAUACUUCCCGACGCACUCGCGCACCCACUCGGCGGUCGGGCACUCGCCCGUCAUCGGGCUCGGGACAAUCAAUGAGACGAGCUUUGCCGCGACGUCGAUCCCGCCGUACGAGGUCGAUCCGCGCACGGCCGCCGACGCCGGCGCGCCCGUUUCAGGCAUGUACGCGCGCAACGGGCUCUGGGACGACGACGAGGGCGACGACACGCAGCGCGGGUCGUGGCGCCGCCGUCUGAGCACGUCGACAAACCACACGAGCGCAGGCGACCGCCGGAGCACAAAGUCGACGCGCGGCGCAGCCACCAGCGCAGGCAGAAGCCGGUCGGGUACGCUCACCAACGCCGUCGCCACAGUCGGCGCCCCCUCCGGAUCCCUGGCACAGCAUCAGCAGCAGCAGCAGCAGCAGCAGCAGCAGUCUGAACCGUGGGCCUGGGGUCGCAAGUCGCACGCCGCGAGCCUGAGCUCUGGCUCGGCCAACCUCGUUGCGCCGACGGCCCACUCGCGGACAAGCAGCGGCGUCGCCUUCCCCGGCGGUCCAAGAACCGUGUCGCCCAUGUUCUCGUCGCCCCCGCCACCGCCGAUGGCCGCGCUCGCGUCGCCACCGAUGCCGAUGCCAUCACCGUAUGGCAUGCACUCGCCCCACGCGUCGAUCCAUUCGCCCGCACUCUCAGUCUUUCCUGGCUCCUCGGCCAUGCCAUCGCCUUCCAUAUCGUCGACAGGGGCGACGACGCCAACAAUCCCCGUACAGCCUGAGCUCAAGCAGAAGAAGAGUAGAACGAGGUUGCGCUCCACCACAGGAAAGCGCGGAGAUGCGUUACCGGAACACGACCUCAACACGCCAAUGGCAGAACGCACACCCUUAACACCCAUCGGUAACGUCCCCCCAAUCCCGCCAGCAGCGUAUCCAUCCCCAUACUCGGCCAAGGGGCAGACAAUGCACCCCAAAGCCGACGGCAAGUCGGCGUGGAAGCGCGGCGUCGAAAAGCUGUGGCGGUCAAAAUCGUCGUCGGGCCUCCGUGACUCAUUCCACCACAAGCGUGGCGCGAGCGAGAACGACCCGCCACCGCCAAUGCCCGCCCUGCCUCGUAACAUGCACACGACGCAUCAAUCUCACUCUGGUGCCUUGGGGUUGCAUUCGCCCCGCGCGUCACACUCUGGUGCCUUGGGCUUCUCUGCGACGGCGGACCUGCCUCCUCCCCCGGCCUUUGGUGCGAGCCAUCGCGACUCGUUUGACGACUUUGGCAUGCGCCCGCCAACAGCGAGGUAUGACACGUUUGGCGUGGCACUGCCUAGCACACCCGAGCCGUUCGAGCCGAAUGACAAUGCCGCCGAGGCAGACCCAUUCGCGUCGGCCGUCGACUUUGCCCAGACGCACUCGCGGCAGCCAUCGCGGGCACUGCCCCUCGACUUGCUACCACCCCCCACCGUUGCCGAAUUGUCACGCCCACCAAGUCUUCACAACUUGAAGGCGGCAUUCAUCCCCCGCUUGCGCAAGUCCAAGUCGCUUGCCGCUGUCGACGGAUCGAUUACUCGCCCAGCUUCCAUGGAUAUUCCCAGCAUGCCCUCGCCGCGCAUGCCCACUGCCAGCCUGCACGGCCACGGCACCAUGUCAGAAGCACACUUUGGCGCCUUUUCCGACUGCGGCCACGCCGACCCCCUCCCCUCCCUCUCCUCUCCUCUUGAGAUUGUUCACCUCAGCCAUGACCGCGGCAGUGCCGCCUUUACGUCGCCAUUAGACUUUAUCCAGCGCCCAGAGUUUGCGACGCAGACCUUUGGCAGCAGGCCAGAUCAUUACUCCACGUUUGGCAGCAGAACGCUUGAACCUCCCCGCCCUCACUUUCACAACAACUCGCUCGACCAGAGGUCACAAGACCAGGUGUCUUCUUCGCCAAGUGCGGAGCUUGAACCCGCACCCAUUGUCGAGGCUGAGCCUCCAGUGCCCCCGAUUAGAACAAAGCCGCGGGCGGUUGACCCACCGAUGCCGGACCCAAUGGCACCGCCCAUGAGCGCCCCGCCACGCUCCCAUUCGCCACCGUGUAGCCUGUCCAUCAAGACCGACUUCUCUGGAGGACGUGUUGGCUCGUCUGGCUCGUCGGCAGAGCUCGCUACCCCUCACCAGCCCACGUCGGCCCCGCCUACCGCCGCUGGCUUUGAGCCGUUCAACGAGAUUCCCAUGUCCCGCGCUCGCUCAGAGAGCCUCGGCGUGGACGAACCUCCCACUAGCCCCAGCUUCUACGAGUUGUACGAGAAGUUGGGCGUCCACCCUAGCCAUAUCAAGGAAAACCGCAAGCCCAAGCAGUUCCCCGACAUGGACGAUGGGCCGGAUGACUUCAACACGGACGACCUGAACCACUUCAACCAGCAUUUCAACGCCGCAUUCAACGACGCAUUCCUUCCCACGGAUGGUGGUGACGGAUACAACCCUCUCGAGGGCGACUUGUCUCCAUCCCUCCGCUCAAGCAGCUGGGAAGCGGCCAUCAAUGCAUUCCCCACGAUUGACGACUCUAUGGCAAUGGCUACUGGUCCGUCGUUUGACUUUGACGACAUGCGCGCCAACCGCGACAGUCUCCAGUCUAGCAAUGCUGCGAUUGCGCCAACCGAAUCCGUCGGAAGCCACAGCUACGCCAUGCACGAGUCGUCUGGUCCUCAACAGCGUGCCAACCCUGGACGCUCGGAUGCAGGCGGCGCGGGUGGUGGAGGCACUGGCGGCCAGGGCGGUGGUGGUUCAGGCGCUUCGUCUGAAAACACGAGUGGUGUGUGGACGAGCUGGCGCGACGUGCCUCGCCGAACUGGCGGCGCGGGUGGAUCUGGCCAAACAUCUGGCCUUGGCGGCAGUGGGCGUGAUUCGCGUGGUUCGUCGCGUGGGAGCUCACGUGAACGGCGCGUGCCCCGUGUUGACAGCGCCGCAUUGGACCUGUCCGACGACGACAAUUCAGACGACGAUUCAGACUAUGACGAUGAUGAUCGUCCAUUAUCUCAAGUCGCAGACGACGUCCCGUUAUCUCGCCUCCACCCACAAGCAUCCGCCGCUCAGCAACAGCGGUUCGCAGACAAGCAACGACGCCGUGAAGCACGCCGCGCCGAACGCGAACGCAUGCUUCGCAGGAGCAAGACCAGGCUGGUCGAGGCCAAGCCGGCCUCACCCGCCCCGGCGCCGAUUGUCCGCUCAAAGUCGACCCGCGACCCGAGAGAGCACCGUUAUCAUUCCGAGUCGCAGCCCCGCACCCGUGGCUGGGACGGCGAGGGCGGUAUCCCUCCGGAUGUGCUUGCCGGCCGACUAGAGCGUGUCGCUAUCGGCACUCCUCCCAUCGGCGGCAACCUCCUCCGGGUCCGCAACCCCGACGCGCGCCAGCCGUCUCCUGGCGAGCCCAUCCCCCGCCCCUCGUCUGCCGACCCCGGCCCGUACCGCGCCCGUGUGCAGCAGCAGCAGAACCAGAACCCGCUGCCGCGCCCUCCAAAGUCUCCAGCGCGCCAAGGCUACCUCACCCUGCCUGCAGACGACGACCGCCCCGAGAGUCUCAUGCCCAGUCGUGGUGGUGCCGAUAUGCAGCGUCGCCCCAGCAGUGGGCGUAGCGCUGAGCACCAAUCGAGCACCGGCCAUGGCUCAGCAGAGCGCCACUCGAGCACCAGCCAUGGCGGCAGCCCUCACGAUCACACCCACCACGGCUACAGAGUGGCCUCGGACGGCGACGCCCACCUCCGUCGCCAGCCGACUUCGUCGUCUCGUACCCACCGCAUCGCGUCCGAGGGCGACCAGCCCCGCUCGGGCAGCCCACUUGUCGUGUCACACACGUCGAGCCCCAACACGUCUGGCCAACCAGUGUCGCGCGGCCCUUCCAUGAAUGCCGGUCGGUCCCCAGUGCCAAGCCGCCCACGGUCGCACUCUAAUGCCGCACGUCACCACCCAGGCGCUAGUGCCCCUACACCGCCUUCCGAGCCUAUCCCGCACCGUGCACGACCGGUCGCAGUGCGAUGCCUGGUUCUCGACAAGCGAGGCAACAGCAAGACGCUCCCGCUCGAUGUCUACCCCGAGACCACGGCCCGCGAUGUUGUUGCCGCCGCUCGGGCGCGUGGGGACUUUGCAGAGGUCAUGACUGGCCCCACGAGCGGCUGGGUCGUUUUCGAGAUCUUUGCCGAGCUGGGCAUUGAGCGACAGGUGCGCGACUACGAGUCGAUCCUGGCCGUGACCAGGGGUUGGGAUCCUACCGCGACCAAGAACUGCCUUGUGAUCAAGGACACGAUGCGCGGUAUUGCAUCGUGGGCCAGGGUUGGCGGCUGGGUCCACCUCGAGACCAAGCGCGGCAAGUGGUCCAAGCGCUGGCUCGAGACGCGUGGCGGGCAAAUCUUCCUGUCCAAGAAUGAGAAGGGCAAGGACGAGAUGCAGGUCAACACGCAGUUCUCGGACACGUACAGCUGCGCUCGCAGCCAGACGGCGCCGAUGCCUUAUGUGUUUGCGUUCAAGCGAUUUGAACCUGCGGCUUCGUUUGAGAACCCCACCGAGCAUGUGCAGUAUGUCGCGUGUGACGACCCGACGGGAUACAAGCUGUCGCUUGCCUCGUACGACGCGCGCAGCUACACCAUUGCCAUGACCAACCCCGCCGCGCGGCAGCCGCAGCCCAGCGCGCGCCCGGCGCAUGCACCGUCGCAGCAGCUACAGCACCAGCAACACCAGCCGCAGCAACAACAACAACGCCCACAGCGGCCCCCGCCCCCCGGCGGCCACCUGAUCGACCUGUAUGGCGGCCACCAGGCGUUCACAGGCAAGGGCUUGCUGAGAACGCACCCGGGCGGGCCGCCCGUCCGCCCAUCGUAGAUAGACGCCGACGACGAAGACGACGUCACGGAC